CCACUUGAUCCCAACUAUCCAACUAUCCAACUGAUACCCUAGCGACAUGCUCUCCUCUCGUCUCCUCCCUUCUCUCCGACUAGCUCGACGGAUUCCUACGGUGGGGAAACUCAGUAAGAGAGGAUAUGCAGAUGUAGCCGAAGACAAGUUGAAAUUGAGUUUGGUUUUACCUCAUCAGUCCCUCUACUCUUCCGUUGCUGUUACCCAAGUCAACCUUUCUGCUGCAAGUGGUGAUAUGGGUAUUCUAGCUGGACACGUUCCUGUUGUUGAAGCUCUUCGACCUGGUGUCAUCGAGGUUAUCGAAGAAGGUGGUAGUACCAAAAAGUGGUUUGCAUCAACGGGUUUCGCGACGAUGCAUGAAAAUAACAUGCUCACUAUAAACGCUGUGGAAGCUUAUCCAUUGGAAAACUUUUCUCUCGAAAACGUUAGAGCAGGAUUGGCAGAUGCUAAUCGCGUUUUAUCCUCAGCGGCACCAGAUGCUGAAAAGGCAGAAGCGGGUGUAGAGUUGGUAGUGUUUGAAGCUCUUCAAGCCGCUUUGGCCAAGUAAGAAAUACAACAUGCAUGGAAGUUAUAGAUCGU